CAUGCGUAUUCGAGUGACAGUCUUUAGUCCGCCAUCUUGUUUUGUGAGUUGGGGAUAGAAGUGUCUUUUAUUUUCGCAAUUAACGAUACAUUACGAGAGUUUGUAGAGUUGAAUUAAUAAAUUUGUUAAACAGUGAUGUUGUGUAGAUGACGAGAUGGCCUGCCUCAACACACUCAAACAGGACAUAAAGACAUUAGAGUCGCUGUUUCCUAAGAAUCACGAAAGGUUUCAAGUUGUAAAUGCAUCUGUGGACGAAUUAACUUGUCGUUUCGUUGGAAGGAACGGAAAGAAGUUCGAAAUACAUGCAAAUAUAACAGAAGCAUAUCCUUCAACCCCUCCUGUGUGGUUUGCAGAUACAGAAGAUCCUUGUAUCACUUCUGCUGUACAAAUAUUAACAAACACAGUUGGAAGGGAUAAUCUGGUACUACAACAAGUUAAGAUAUUAUUGAAAGAACUUUGCAAAUUUCACAAUUUAAAUGAUCCAAUGGAAAUUGAAAGAUUAGAAUUAUCAUGUGUUUCAGAAGCUGAUGAUGAAUUAGAAGAAAAUUCUGAAGAUGAAGAUGAUGAAGAAGUCGACGACCUUCACAUAGAGAUGGAAGAGGAUACAAAUGCAGCAACUGCUGGGAAUCCCAUAAAUCAAGAAAAAAAUAAAGAUGAAGGUCUGAGUACAGAACAUUCCGCAACCUUAGAGAGGUUGCGUCGAAACCAACGCCAAGAUUACCUCAGAGGUUCCGUUUCCGGCUCCGUACAAGCCACUGAUCGACUAAUGAAAGAGCUUCGAGAAGUGUAUCGGUCAGAAAGCUUCAAGAAAGGUGUAUUUAGUGUUGAAUUAGUUAAUGAUAGUUUAUAUGAAUGGAACGUAAAACUGAUCACAGUGGAUCCAGACAGCCCUCUUCAUAAUGACCUGAUUUUAUUGAAAGAAAAAGAGGGAAAGGACCAUCUUCUUCUCAACAUUCUUUUUAAGGAGACUUAUCCAUUCGAACCGCCCUUCAUUCGUGUGGUACACCCAAUGAUAUCGGGUGGAUAUGUCCUGGGAGGAGGUGCAAUCUGUAUGGAACUGCUGACAAAACAGGGUUGGAGUAGUGCUUACACUGUAGAAGCCAUCAUCUUACAAAUAGCUGCCACACUGGUUAAAGGAAAGGCUCGUAUUCAGUUUGGCGGUAAUAAGGUACACAGAAAGAAUGGGCAGUACAGCCUAGCCAGGGCCCAGCAGUCCUUUAAGUCCUUAGUUCAGAUCCACGAAAAAAACGGUUGGUUCACUCCUCCGAAAGAAGACGGUUGAUCCAGUCGCACCUGUACAGACUCUCUCCAUCCUCCACACCCGUUUUAGCGCUAGCCAUUUUCGUUCUUCCCCUCUUUUGUACCGCGGUCGGAGACACCACCCUUUCUGGCAGCGGACGCGGCCAGAAAGGAAAAGACGCGUAGAUUUGUACGGUCGAGGGGGAAGCCGGGCUUCGAGAGAUAAUAAAGUUCUGGCGUGGAACGGAAGCCUCCCCGAAAACUGUAAUUACGGCGGAGACCGCCCAAUAAAGACGCAUCCUUCGACCUUG